CCCCAGCUGCUUCCCCCUUAACGUUAAGCCUUGUUGGCUUUGUAGCUAAUCGCUCACGCGAUAACCUUGGCUGUCCCUCGCUCCCCCUCGUUGGCUGCAGUGAUAGCAGAGACCUCUUUUCUCACGUCACCUCUACACACAGGAAAAAUGUAGAGACCCAUCUCCAAGCUGCGUGGGACGGCAAAAGGAGGAAGGAAGAAGAGGAGGAAAACUCCGAGGGCGGCAACCGAGGAGUGACCCAGCACAUAAAAACAUCUUCAAAGCGAAGAGGUUGUUUUGCAAAAACACCAGGGUUUCACUGGAAACCACCCGAGCUGGAGCCAUGAAGCCGUGUCAGGAGCUGGGCCAGCGCUGGGGAGCCUGCCAGGUGUGAGCAGCCAGGCUGUGGAAAGGAGACGCUGAUCCCCUUCGUGCAGCGCCUUGGAUUUUAUGUCUACCAGUUGGAAGAAAAAUUCAGCAGGAAAGCUUCUAACCAAGGGAACAUGGACAGUCAGAUUACCCACCGCAUGGGAAAACUCAGAAAUACUGAAAAGGAGGAUGCCAAAGACACACAUUUGCCUGAAAACAUCACACCAGAGGAGCAGAAGCCCUCCAAGGAGAUCAGGCCUAUGCUUGGUGCCAUCUUCCUGAGCCUCAUCCUGCUCAUUGCCGCGGUGGUGGCCUGGUGCUACACUGUGUCCCUGAGGAAGGAGGAGCGGCUCAAGCCAGAGCUGAUGGACCUGCAGGUAGAGCUGAUGGACCUGCGGGCGGAUGGCUUCGUCAUCAGGAACCAGCAUGGGGAGGUGGUCUUCCGUCUGGCCUUCCGCUCGGGCAGCCUCGACCUGGAGUCGUGCUCCAAGGAGGGUGAGAUUUUGAGCUGCACGCGGUCAGGCCGGGGGCCGCUCAACUUCUUCAUCCAGACGGUGAAGCCCAAAGACACGGUGAUGUGCUACCGCGUGCGCUGGGAGGAGAUGGCGCCUGGCCCAGCGGUGGAGCACACCAUGUUCUGGGAGGACGCCCACUGGUACGGGGGCUCGGAGAUGAGCACCCAGCACUGGCCCAUCCGCCUGGCCGGCUACCAGGAGCCUGUGCCCUACGUGACGAGCGACGUCUACUCCUUCCGCGACAGCUUUGGUGGCAUCCUCGAGCGCUACUGGCUCUCCUCCAAGGCGGCGGCCAUCAAGAUCAACGACUCGGUGCCCUUCCACCUGGGCUUCAACGCCACCGAGCGUGCCCUCUUCUUCCAGGCCCGCUACAAGGACUCACCCUACAAGCCCCCACCAGGGCAGCAGCCCUUCCCCGAGCUCAGCUACUGGGUCUGCGUGGGCUCCGACGUCACCUCCAUCCACAAGUACAUGGUGCGCAGGUACUUCAACAAGCCCUCCAAGAUCCCCGCCGAGAACGCCUUCCGAUACCCUAUCUGGUCUACCUGGGCCCUCUACAAAAAAGAUAUCGACCAGGAAAAAGUUCUGAAUUUUGCAAAAAACAUUAAGAGGUACCAUUUUAACUGCAGCCACAUUGAAAUUGAUGACAUGUACACGCAAGCCUAUGGUGACUUUGAUUUUGACCCUGUCAAGUUCCCCAACGUAGCGGAGAUGUUUGCAAAACUGAGGGAAGAUGGGUUCAAGGUCACACUGUGGAUUCAUCCCUUUGUACACAUAGAUUCCUCCAAUUUUGAGGUAGGUAUUGAGCAUCAGCUGUUCAUCAAGCAUCCAUCAAGACGGCUACCAGCUGUGGUGAAAUGGUGGAAUGGCAUUGGGGCCAUCCUGGACUUCACCAACCCAGCAGCUCGGGACUGGUUCCAGAGCCACCUGCGCCAGCUCCGACACAAGUACGGCAUCUCGUCCUUCAAGUUCGAUGCGGGUGAGACCAGCUACCUGCCCAAGCAGUUCAGCACCUUCCGCCCACUCUCAGACCCCAGCAUCUGGUCACGGCGCUACACAGAGAUGGCCAUCCCCUUCUACGAGCUGGCUGAGGUGCGCGUGGGCUACCAGUCCCAGAACAUCUCCUGCUUCUUCCGUAUCAUUGACCGCGACUCCGUCUGGGGCUAUGAGCUUGGCCUCAAGUCCCUCAUCCCCACGGUCCUCACCAUCAGCAUGCUGGGGUACCCAUUUGUACUGCCAGAUAUGAUCGGUGGAAACUUUCUUCCCAACAAGACAGAUGGUGCGGUAGAGGUCCCCGACCGGGAACUGUACAUCCGGUGGCUGGAGCUGUCGGCCUUCAUGCCCUCCAUGCAGUUCUCCAUCCCGCCCUGGCUCUAUGACAAGGAGGUGGUGGAGAUUGCACAGAAGUUCACAGAGCUCCAUGAGUCACUGGUGGCCCCACUGCUGCUGGAGCUGGCCGGAGAGGUCACUGACACAGGCGACCCCAUCAUCCGUCCCAUCUGGUGGAUCUCACCCCGUGACGAGGCUGCUCACCGGAUCGACUCCCAGUUCCUCAUUGGGGAUACCCUCAUGGUGGCCCCCGUCCUGGAGAUGGGCAAGCAGGAGCGUGAUGUCUACCUGCCAGCGGGCAAGUGGCGCAGCUACAAGGGGGAGUUGUUUGAGAAGACGCCGGUGCUGCUGACGGACUAUCCCGUUGACCUGGAUGAAGUCGCCUAUUUUCUCUGGGUUUCCUAACAGGCACCUCCAUUAGCUAUGGAAUGGUCUCAGGGAUUAAUGAACAAAAGGCUUGAAGACCUGGGAAUUUUAAUAGUUUUUAAAAUUGAACUACUUCAGUAUGAAAUUUGAAGAAACUUCUGUGACUUCUCUUCUGUGUGGCAAGUGCUGUAGAAUAAGUUAUGUAUUAAGUUAUAUUGUAUGGCUGUCUUUAUUACUACAGUAUGACAAAUAGAAUGUAUAGAAA